CCAUGUUUUAGUUCUUUAAUAAUUACUGCAAGUGUCCCCUAUGAAGAGAGAGAGAGAGACAGGGCCUUGUAGCAAGAAGUCAGUAGAGAGAGAAUGAGAAGGGCGGGGGCAGGCAGAGGCAAACAAUGAAGGGCAACAGUGGAGAAGAAGUAAGCAAGAGAGAGAGCAGCGGCGGCAGCAGCAGUAGCCUCAAUCUUGACUGGCGUUUCAACCAGACCCUCAGAAAUGUCCAGGGAUUGCUUAAAGGUCGUAGUUUUCCUGGUAAAGUUUUAUUGACAAGGAAAUCAGAGCCCGCAAUUGAAUCUAGUGUUGCUGAACGAUCCCCAGAUAUUGAAAGGAGUCACUCAGAAACUGACAUUGGUCCUAAUGAAAGCAUAGAUGUCCAUGAGGGAAAAGUACAAAGUUCUGGAAAUGUUGCGAGCGAUGCGAAAGUUAAAAAAGCAAACCCCUCGUCUGCAAAGAGUGAUAAUGCAGAUGCAGAGCCCCAGAAGUCUGUUUCUGGGGCAAGAGCUACAGAUUCUGCAAGAAUUGCGAAGUUUAAGAAAGAGCUAUCCGCACAGACUGUAGUAUUGGUGUUCUUUCCGGCCUUUAGAUUCAUUACGUCAGCUGGCUUGGAGUGGCGUACCGCCUUAUAUGCGUCCGACUGUUUGGAGGCUUUUACUGAUAGAAGGGAUGCGGUGUUGACAAGGAAGCGCCUCGAGUAUGUUGAAUGUGUUGCGAGGUAUUAUGACAUUCCUGACACUGAACGAUCAGAUGAUGAGAUCAAUAUGCUACGACAGAUUGGUGUUGACUGUCCAAGGACCGUACCAGACGUGUCAUUCUUUCAGCAGCCAGAAGUUCAGAAAUCCUUGGAGCGCAUACUGUAUACAUGGGCCAUUCGUCAUCCUGCCAGUGGAUAUGUACAGGGUAUAAAUGACCUGGCUACUCCCUUUUUACUUGUCUUCUUAUCUGAACAUUUAGAAGGAAGCAUGGAGAACUGGAGGCUUUCGGAUCUUUUGCCCCAAAAGAUUUCAGAUGUGGAAGCUGAUUGCUAUUGGUGCUUGUCAAAGCUUCUUGAUGGUAUGCAUGAUCAUUACACUUUUGCUCAACCAGGGAUUCAGCGGCUUGUUUUCAAAUUCAAAGAAUUGGUUCGACGAAUAGAUGAACCUGUUUCAAGACACAUAGAGGAACAAGGGCUGGAAUUUCUUCAAUUUGCUUUUCGCUGGUUCAAUUGUCUCCUAAUACGAGAGGUUCCCUUCCAUCUAGUUACUCGAUUAUGGGAUACGUAUAUUGCUGAAGGAGAUGCUUUACCAGAUUUCCUUGUGUAUAUAUGCACCAGUUUACUUUUGACGUGGUCAGAGAAGCUUCAAAAGCUUGAUUUUCAGGAGAUGGUUAUGUUCUUGCAACGUCUUCCUACUGGCAAGUGGACCGACCAGGAGCUCGAGAUGGUCCUCUCGAGGGCCUAUAUGUGGCAUACCAUGUUUGAGAGCUCCCCAAGCCACUUGGCUAGAUAAAUAAUGCCAUUUACCUUGCAAGAUGGUGAUCUUGCACUUUGCGGACAUUGGUCUCUUUCAUUCAUUUCCAUCUCUCUCUCUUUCUCUCUCUCUCUCUCGUGAUGGUUUAUAUUCUUUCUAUCUUGUGAUGAAAAGGAAACCAAUUUUUUUGUGGUUUGAAAGCUUUGUAUUCAUUGAUGAGUUCUUUUGUGAGCCCCUAGUACUGGUUUGUUGUAAUUGAGUUCAAAAGAUACUGAAAAAUGUAUUGCCCUCAAUGAGCUUUGUACCACUAAUAAUGAUUUUUGUAUCAUUAAACGUAUACAUAUGAAAUUGACAUCAUAUUGUGGCUGAAGAUUUCAGAUUUCUC